AUGCCGGUUAACAGUCGUCCGCCGUGGCUGAAGGACCGUCUGGAGACGGUUAACAAAGCCGUACCUCCAGCAUGGACGCGAAAGGCAAGUGUCACACCCGCCACAGACACAAAGGAAUCUUCACCAUCUGCCAAAGCGAAUGCGCCGGAAGGUUCUCCAGCCCCCAGUACAAAAACGGUCACACCAACGGCCACCACCACCGUAAAGAAAGCUGUCAGCACACCGGCGAAAGAAAAUGGUGAUACGGCCGCAAAAGCUAGCACCACGGCCAAGUUGCAAUCGAAGGAAAUUAAAGUACCGGUUGUGGUAGCGCAGAAAAAACCGGUCAAUCCACCACUGACCAAACCCGAACCGGCGGUAGGACUUAAAAACACGACCCCCGUCAUGACGGUACAUCGGGAGGUGGCUAAACCGAAGCCGAAACCCACCGCCAAGGAACCGACGCCCGAAUCCGACGAUGAAGAGGAGGAAGAAGAAGAGGAAGAGGAGGAAGAGGAGGAAGAAGAGGAGGGCAGCACCGAGUACGAAACGGAAACGGAAUCCGAAGAGGAGCCACCGGCAAAGCCGGCACCAAAAAAGCCCGAACCGAGCCAACUGAAGCGCCCAGAUGCUGACGCAUCGCAGCCACCGAAGCUGCCGGUGCAGCUGCGCAAAGUCACGCCAACGCGAAGCCCCGACAAGUCGGACGCCGAAAGCAAACCGUCCUCGAGAUCGGUAUCGGAAAAGUCCUCCUCGCCGGAGCCGAAAGUAUUCGUCAGGCCACCGCUGAAGAAGGUGAUCCGACCGCAACAGGAUUCGCCACCAAAGGAACGCUCCGCAUCGCCGGAACCGGCAAAGAACUUCCGCGUGCAGUUGCGCAAGGUACCGUCCAACCUGAAGGCACCCCGUGUGAAGGAAAAGCUGCCGGAGGUGCAGCUGAAGAAGGUGGAGAAACCACUGCUGGAGGACAUACCGAAGAAGGAGGAAGCCUAUCCGCACAAACCGUCGAUGCUGAAGUCGGAAAGCAGUAAGCGAAUUCCUCCACCGCCACCGAUGCCGAAGUCCAACAUACCACCACCACCUCCACCGCCACCCAGCUUGAAGCCUCCGCCGGAUUUCGAGAAGAAAGAGAUAUCCAACAAACAGAAGGAAGUGAUAGACAAGCUGAAACGUCGUCCACGUCGACGUCCGGACUGGUCGGACAUGAUGAAGGAGGUUGAGCAAGGCAGAAAACUGAAACACGUUGAGUGUAAUGACAGAUCGCAUCCGAUCAUAAACUCUAAAUCGAUCACCAAGGUAAAGGAUCAGUUCAUCUUCGAGACGGAGAAGGCCACGGCACACAAUCAGCUGCUGAAGCAGAUUCAGGGUGGCGUCCAGCUGAAACCGACCAAAUGCAACGAUCGCAGUAAGCCGAUUCUGGGAGGCUUGCGCAAGUUCCGCCGUCAGAUGACGCUCGAGGAGCAGCUGGCCAAGUCGGAGUCGCGCGCCAACAUGGAAGCGCCACCGGCGGACGAAGAGGAAGACGAGCUGGACGACAUCGAUAAGGUGCGUGAUGAUCUGCAAAGCACAAAGCAGAUGUUGGCGCACGAGCUCCGGAACAACGAGGCAAUGGAGCGGGAAAACAAACGCCUUCAGGCACGGGUACAGAACCUCGAGGCGGAACUGUCCCGCGAACGGUGGAACCCGCUGAGUGGCGAGGAACGAACCACCGUCACUGGGCCACAGUCCGAUCUAAUACAGUCGCUCAAGGAUGAAGCGCUAACGGCCCAGAAGCAGUCGAAGCAGCUGGAAGAGAAAUACCAAACAGUGGCCAAGGAGCUCGAUACGGCGUACAAGCAGGCGGACGAGCAGAAACGAAAGAUUGCCGAACUCGAACGGAAACUCCAGUGCUUAACGGACGAUGACUUCUACUUGAACGAGCAUCAGGGCAUUACGGAUGAUCGCAGAGCCACGGAGUCGGCCCAGAAAGAAAGCUCCCCGGAACUGCAGCCCGAAGAAGAGGAAGAGGAGGAGGAAGAGGAGGACGAGGAAAAGAAGGCAGAAAAGAUGGCCAAACGGUUGAAUCGCGAGGUCAACAUGCUGCAGGCCCGGCUAACUAGAUUGAAGGAGAAACAGGAAGAGAAACACGCAGAACGACAGGCCCUGAAAUACGCGAUGAAAACCAAUCAGUAUGCCCUAAAGGCUGAGAAGAAAAAGUAUAAAAAGCUGCAAAAGGAGGUGGAAAAAAUGGCCGCGAUGAUGAAGCUGGAGGAUGAUGAUGAUGAAGAAGCAGCGGAAGCCAAGGAGCCACCGCCCGAGGAACCGGAAGACGAGCAGGAGGAAGAGGAGGAAGAGGAGGAAAGCGAAUCGGAAGAGUCGGAAUCGGAGAGUGAAAAUGAGAGUGAGAAUGAAGCAGAAGACGCUCCGGAUGACAAAAAGAAGGUCAACCUGGAACCCAGAGUCAAGCGGCACGAGGGCCGGCUGGCCUCGCUCAAGAAGGGUAACUACCUGCUGCAGGCGAACGUGGAUCGUAUUAAGGAUGAGAUCAGUAAGGUCCGCGAGGAUUGUUGCACAUUGCAAACGGAUCUGGACAACGUAAUAGCGGACCUAGGCUGA